AUGGCCUUUCCUACAUUAUUUCCUAAAGGAACAUUUGGAUUUGACUGUCAGCGUGACAGACCAAUUUCAUUAGUAAAAUACUUCAAUCAGAGAAUUCUCAAUUGUGACAACCGCUUUGCAGCCUCCACAGAGUAUUUGUUUUAUGCUCAAUACCGAAGUGAAGCUAAAAAAGUUGCUGACUGUCUAAGUAUUGCCAUGAGAAAAUGUAAAGGACAACAUCAGGUACAGAAAAUAACAGCAGGCCAGAUAAAGAAUGCUGAAGACAUAAGACGCUUAGCCCGCUCUGACCUUAGCUAUCAUUUCCUACAAAAUGUUCGUGGGUCACCAGCCUUCUUUAACAAAUUAUUGUAUGAUCUUUUGGGUAUGAUAAGACAACUGGGAAGCUGUACAUGGUUCCUAACAUUGUCCUCUGCUGAUAUGAAGUGGAAAGAUACAAUUCAAGUGAUAGCUGCACAACAUAAUCAAAAAAUGUCAGAUGAACAAGUAGAAAACAUGACUUGGGAACAAAAAAGCACUUGGUUACGAACUAAUCCUGUUACAGCUGCUAGGCAUUUCGAUCAUAGGCUUCAGCUCUUUAUGUCAACACUAGUUCUAGGAAAGUCGAAACCCAUCGGAGAAAUACAAGAUUUCAAAUACAGGAUAGAAUUCCAGCAAAGGGGAUCACCCCAUUGUCAUAUGCUACUGUGGGUUAAAAACGCACCUUCAAUAUCACAAAACUCUCCUGAAGAUGAUAUACCAGACAAACGAACACAGACAAUCUACACAGAGUUGUUGACAGCAGUUAUGGGUAAACUGGAAGAUGUACAACAUGAUCCAGAAGUUACAUUAGAAGCUUUGUUAGAACAAUUUGAAAUUCCUGAAGCUAUGUAUAUGAAAGCAUUAACCUGGAUAAAAACAAAGCAAGGCCAGCCUGCUGUACUGUACAGACGUAAUCCAUCUGACUGUUUUAUUAACAAUUACAGCCCAACCCUGAUGAAAGCCUGGCAGGCAAACCUUGACCUUCAGUAUGUCACGAAUGUUUAUGCCUGUAUAAUGUAUGUGGCAUCAUAUGUAAGCAAACCAGAAAAAACAUUGGGUGAUGUCUUAAAGUCUGUUAGUAAGAACUCAGCACCAGCUGGUCCAAAGAAGAUGAUGGAGACUGUAUCUAAGAAGUUCCUUUCCCAUCGUGAAGUCAGUGCCCAAGAGGCAGUGUACAGAUUAUUGCCAUUACCACUCACUAAAGGAUCACGGCAGGUCAUUUUCCUUCAUACAGAUUUAGCUGAGAAUAGGACAAAACUUUUGAAACCCAUGAAAGUUAUACAGGAGCUUGAUGAUGAUGAUGAAAACCUAUACCAGGAAGGCAUGCUGGAAAAAUAUCAACUUAGACCUGAUUGCAUUGAACACAUUUGCCUUGCAGAUUUUGCAGCAAAUAAUUCAUAUGCUCGCAAAACAAAUACCAACUCAGAUCCAGACCUGCUAGAUGAAGAAUCCCUUGAUCCAGAAACUCCUGAGCAGUACUAUCACUCCAAACUGUUACUGUACAAACCAUGGAGAGAUGAAACCAAAGACCUGUUGAAUGAAGAUGGUACAUAUAAAAGACAAUACUUCAAUUGUAGACCAACCUUCUGCGACAGAAUGAACUAUUAUGAACCAAACAAUGAAGAGUACACACAAGCUGUUGAAGAACUACAAGAAAAUGGGCCUCCUGAAGAUGCGUGGGCAUCACUAGCCCCAUAA